AUGAUCCGACCUGUGGUAUCAGUAUUUGGUGUUGGUGAGGAUAAGCGUGUGGGAUCCGUUGUCAUGCCCAAGACAUUCAGCUCUCCUCUUCGGUUAGAUUUAGUGAAGUACAUCUAUACUUGCAUGUCCAAGAACAAGCGGCAGCCAUAUGCUAUUUCAAAUCUAUCAGGAUAUCAAACAUCAGCCGUUUCCUGGGGUACCGGCAGAGCCGUAUCUCGUGUACCUAGAGUUCAUGGUGGGGGCACACACCGAGCUGGACAAGCUGCUAAUGCAAAUUUUUGUCGAGGAGGUGGUAUGUAUGCCCCAACCAAAGUCUGGAGGAGGUGGCACAGAAAGAUCAACCUGAAGGAGAAGAGGUUAGCUGUAGCGGCCUCUGUAGCUUCCACUGCCAUUGUACCUUUGGUCUUGGCUAGGGGACAUAGGAUUGAACAGGUGUUAGAGUUACCUUUGGUUCUGGAUGAUGCAAUAGAGCAAAUGGAAAAAACUAAAGAUGCCAAGAAAGCGUUGGAAGCCAUUGGCCUGAGCCCGGAAUUAGAGCGGGUAGUCAAGGCUGCAACUAAGACUAAAGCUGGGAGGGGGAAGACUAGGGGGAGAGGGAAGAGAAAUCCAAUUGGACCGCUAAUCAUUUUGAGUAACAAACAUUGUCCUGCAAGAAAAGCCUUUAGGAAUUUACCUGGCGUUGAGAUUACUACUGUAGAUAGACUGAAUCUACUCAAAUUGGCCCCCGGUGGUACUUUUGGUCGAUUGUGUGUCUGGAGUAAAUCGGCGUUUACCCAACUAGACUCAAGUCUUAAGAUGAUUGUGUCUAAUAAGAUUGGAGAUAGCAGUGCUUCCAUUUUGAAAAAUGUAGAUGUUGAGACUAUUAUAAAUUCAACUCCUGUGCAAUCAGUGUUAUUGCCUCCAAAGAAGGGAACGCCAAAGACAACGGUCAAAAAACCAACCAGCAUAAAAGUAAUCAAGUUUGUGAGGUCAAAACUUGCCAAGACAGAUACUAAACAUGCUAAAAUAUCUAAGUCUGUGCUAUCUGAGAGGAAGAAUAACAAGGCUCGUUCUAAGAAAUAUAUAAAGAAUAUUUAUGAUGCCCUCGAGUGUAAGCGCAAGGAGCUAGAUGAUAUUGCACUGAAGGAGAAGCAGGAACAUUUGGAAAUUCUUCAGAAACAGCAAGAAAUUGCCGAAUAA